AUGGCUUCGCAGGCAAGCUCCCUCCGUCUCAAGAACCUGCUUGUGGCUGGGACGCUCUCUGCGUUUGUGGUCGGCGCAUAUGUCUACUCCAUGAAGGCGGUGGGCACCACCGACCUUGACCGCGCUGUCGAAAAGGUGGAGAAGGAGAUUGCGGCGGAAAGAGCCGCUGCAAAGCAAAACGGGAACGGCUCGGCACUAUCAGACGUGGUCGCAACUAGCAGGGAGACAAAUGAUGAUGGUACAGCUCAAACCAGUGGCUUUGCACGUGUUGGAGGGAAGACGGUGCUCCGGAAUCUGUCUCUGAACGAGCUAGAGGGAUGGCUGCAGAAGCAUGGCCACCCUGCGCGGCAAGCGGAGCACGUGUGGCGGUGGUUAUACAGAGACCUGGCCAAAGAUGCCUUCGAUGUCCCUGGAGCACCAGGGAUGAACAAGGGCUUCCGGCAAUUCCUUGCAUCGCACGCCGAGUUCGACGUCCUCGUGGUAAAAGAGAUCAAGAAAGCCGCCGAUGGAACCACGAAGGUGGUUCUUGAGACGAAGGCGGGGGGCAGGGUCGAGACGGUCCUUAUCCCGACUCCGGGACGGAACACGGUCUGCGUGUCGAGCCAGGUCGGGUGUGCGAUGAACUGUCAGUUUUGUUACACGGGAAGGAUCGGGCUCAAGGCGAAUCUGUCGACGGGUGAGAUCGUGGAGCAGCUGGUUAUCAUGCGACGGCUCUUCACCGCCGACGUAGGCCCCAUCAACAACGUCGUCUUUAUGGGUAUGGGCGAGCCGAUGCACAACCUAGAUAACGUGAUCCGGGCGGUCGACGUCAUGGUGCAUCAGCAAGGCCUCCACGUGUCUCACAAGAAGGUGUCCGUAUCUACGAGCGGCCUCGUGCCCCAGAUCCGGCACUUCUGUCGGACGUCUCCCGCCAGCUUAGCCGUCAGCCUUAACGCUACGACGGACGAAGUGCGCGACUGGAUCAUGCCGAUCAACCGGCAGUACAACCUGGAGUCGCUGAUUGGCUGUCUGGCGGGCCAGUUCCCGAGGGCUAACGGGGGCCAGGACAAGGUGCUCUUUGAGUACGUCCUGCUCAAGGGGAUCAACGACAGCCUGGACGACGCCCGGCGGUUGAUCGAGCUGGUGAAGCCCGUCCCCUGCCGCGUGAACCUCAUUGGGUUCAAUCCACAUGCUGGAUCGGCCUUCCAGCCCGUGCCCAAACCGCAGAUGCUCGAGUUUUUCAGAGUGCUCGCGGACGCGGGGAUGGUUGUCACUUUACGGGAGAGCCGGGGUGACGACCAGAUGGCGGCAUGCGGGCAGCUAGGCGAGCUCGGAAGCAACCCCCUCCAGCUUCUUACCCCGCCCGCCAGGUUCCAGCAAGCACUCGCGGGCGUACCCGCGACAAUUGGUUGAUUGCCGUUGGGGGUCGGUUGCAUUCGUCAUAGGCGCCACUUGAGGCCGACAAUCCGUGACUGGAGCACACACAGCGAAUCCCCGCUUACAUAGUUAUAAAACAACAGAAGUGCCUCAGUGCCUCCCAUUGGACAACAAUUACGUGGUAUGGAGCUGUAUAUUGACGCACGCCGUUACUUAAUCCACACUGUAAGCUCGACGUCCAU